GGCUCUUCGCAGAGACUUCAGCUGAACAGAACUACUCCUGCCACAGCCAACCCUUCAGCCAUGGCACCAAGUGCAACUGGACAGGUCACCCACUCCAAACAGAAUUUCUCACUGACUAAGAUUAGGAAGCCAGUGGUGGAGAAGAUCCGCAGGGAUCGUAUCAACACCUGCAUUGGGCAGCUCAAGUCUCUCCUGGGCCCCGAAUUCCUCCGGCAGAAGCCCAACUCCAAGCAGGAGAAGGCAGACAUCUUGGAGAUGACCGUUUAUUUCCUGAGCCUCCAGCAGCAGGCGGGAAGUUCUCCUUUGGCGGCAGCCAAUGAGGGCUACUCUCGCUGUGUGCAGGAGGCUGCCAACUUCCUGUCUCGGUGUGAGGUGAAGACGCCGUCGCACAGCAGGUUGUUGAGCCACUUCCGGAGCCUUCAGACCUCCAACCAACCCAGGCAAGCUAACAGGUCUCUCUCCCCACCGGGCUCCCCAGUCCAGCAGCCCACCAAGGGUAUGGCAAGUCCUGUCUCCUAUCAGCUCUGGAGGCCCUGGUAGAGAAACUACGCUUACAGUCAAACCAACAGAAUUGGACAGGCCAGUCUAUAUUAUGACCGGCAUGGACAGUGGUGUUCAGAGUGACAGAGGCCUACUUUUGCAUUUGGCAAGAGUUUCUCUGUCUUAAGUCUUCAUCCAGAUGAAGCAAAGGCACGUUUUGCCAGUAUUCCUUUGAAAGGACGAACUCUAUGCAAUUAUUCAGAUUGGUUUUGGAUAUACGUACUAUUCAAAAAUAUACACCGAUUCAAUAGUGUUUCUUGUUAUGCAUGUUCUCAUUUAAGAACAAAGGGCUAACGUAUGUUUAUAACACAUUUCUACUGUAUGUCUAACCCAUAUUGGGUUGAGAUUGUUUGUGUCUAGGACAUUAUUGGGAUUUUUGGGAUUUAUGAAUUGUCAGCAAAUUAUACAAUGUAUCAAUUUGGCAAUGUAAACAUAUGAAUAAUGUAUUCCGUGGAUAUAUUUUAAAUGUAAAUUGUAUAAUGAUUAUGUAAAAUGAAAUAACAUUGAUAAUACAGUGUUGAAUGUUGAAAGAUAUUACAAAGUUUAUUGUAAACUGAAAGAUACCUUUUAUAAAGGGAUUUUGUGUAUUCAACUCAAGGUUUUGUCAAGAAAAAUACUUUUCUGUGAAAAGUUUGUAUUCCUUUGUUUGAAGAACUGACAUGCCAUCCAGACUUUAAAAAUAAAUUGU